AGGGUGAUCUGCCGCUGCUGAGCAGGAUAUGAGGAGCAAUCGUGGAAGAAGAGGACUCAGUCCGACCUUGUCUGACUCACAGUCCCGCGCACGGUCGUGCGUAAACGCUGCUAAAACAGUUGGUGGCGUUUGAAGCCCCGUCGGACGCGCACAACUCAGGCCUUCAUUCAUGUUUUCUUUAUGUGCAACAUAUUCACUUCUGGGUUGUGUGCACAGGAGAGCAACACCACUCCAACCGUCUUCCGCAUAGUGGAUUACCACGCAAAGAGAAGGUCGCCUGUGUCUCUCCAAGGGUUCGGGAAAUGAAGACAGCUGCCCGAAAGGAGUCGGACAUAAUUUGGGUUUUUGAAACGUUUCCUGUUUGGCUUUAAUUGAAGAAUUGCUUCAACUCUGAAAAGCUUCUUUUUUUCCGCUGCCUAGCAGGGAUUUGCAUUGCUCGCAUUUGAAUAUAGUUGACCGAUUUUCGGACCAGCCCGUGCUGGAGGAGUGUACGGCGCACAUAUCCGAGCAUAAUGCGUUUGAUUUAAGGUCACUCUGUGUGCGUACUCAGUGCCAAAUUCAGCCGGAAUGGCGAGCGAGUGUAACCGCAACAUAGUGGAAAAGUACAUCUACCAUAAACUCUCCAAACGUGGUUACGCGUGGUCGUUUGGGGAUGUCCGGGAUGAAGAUGACGCUAAUAACGGGUCGAUAGUUUCCCCUCCACCGACUUUGGUCCGCCGGUGCCGUGAACCCAGCACCGGGCCUGACAAUGACAGCAGCCCCAACCUCUGUAGGCGACAGCCCGCGUCCGAGCCGCACGCCGCCAUCCACAGAGUCCUGCGCGAAGCUGGAGACGAGCUGGAGAGACUGUACCAGCCGGACUUCACGGAGAUGUCGCGGCAGCUGUAUCUCACCUCCACCACGGCGCAGAGAAGAUUCGCCGAGGUGAUAGACGAACUGUUCCGGGACGGAGUGAACUGGGGCCGGAUUAUCGCCUUCUUCGAGUUCGGCGGCACCGUGUGCGUGGAGUGUGCGGCCAAGGAGGACAUGUCAUCCCAGGUGGACAACAUCGCGGAGUGGAUGACAGAGUAUUUAAAUGGACCUCUUAACAGCUGGAUUAAAGAGAACGGGGGAUGGGACGCCUUUGUGGAGCUGUAUGACAGACAGGGGGAGUCAGUCUUCAGUUGCUCCUGGCCCUCCAUCAAGACCGUCUUUGGUCUGGCUGCACUCGGGGCUGCGAGCCUCACCAUCGGAGCAUACCUGACGCAGAAGUGAGCGAGGCCUGGGCUCCGUCAACUCCACUUUAUUUCUCAACAUCCUGCUCUAUUUCCUCGUGCCUCUCUUCAUUUCGUUUUUUUAAAGCCGCCCCUGACCCCUCAGAGACAACCUUCAGACUCUUCCCAACCCGGGCUCCCUUCAAAGCCUUCAAAACUCCCCUCUUCCUCGCCCCCUUCACGUCAAAGCAGACACAAAUCAAAAACAAGUGAAAGAACCAGAUGCGCGGCGCAUGCAGAGCAGAGGAAUUCUUGAAAAGAGACGGCUUAGAUGUAAUCGCACUAAGCCGAGAGUGGAGGGAUCACUGGUAUGCAUCUCUCUCUUUUCUUUUUUUUCUUCUUCUUCUUUUUGUUUUUGUUUUGUUUUGUUCUGCCUGCUUCUGUACUAGUUAUAGCAUGAACGUCAUGAUAUGAGUGUUAGUGUAGAUGCUGCAUGUGUCAGAGCUCUGUUUGAAGGCCUUGAUGAUGAUGUCUAGGGACAACGAUGAUGAUGAUGAUGAUGAUGCUGGAGAGAAAACAGCCGCAGACCCACCCCUGCUUGUUUGGUUGAAGAACCCUGUUUGAACUGUGGACUCAGGUCCCCCCCCCUCCGCCUCCCCCACCUCCACACAGCCGUCCUCCAAAGGACUUCCUCCACAGAACAGCUGCUCAGAAUGUAUAAUGGACACAUCCUGAUGGAACCAGCCUGGUGUGCGUCUGCUGCUUUUCAAGCCUCGGACAGCUCCGGUGAACGCCGUUCACUACUUUCUCCCCGUCUCUGAUCGAGGACGGGCCAGAGACAGACUGAGCUCAGCUGCUUCUCCAAGUUUUUAAAGGCUCCUUGUUUGACUUUUUUCCUUUUUUAUGUUAAUUUUUAUUCUUGCAACACACUAAAUCCUAGCAGAGUUUUUUUUUUUUUUUGGAGUGAAAAACAUACCAGGGAAGUCUGCUGUUGCUGAGGAAUGACAUAUUCAAAUGAAUAUACCGCAAGAAACAACGAGCUCAGCACAAAACAGUGAAGUCAAAGUCAAAAAACUCUCUUUAUUAUUUUUGGGGGCUUAUUAUGGGCGAAGGCUCCUCUGCAGCGUAAGAAAAAAUAUGGGAUUUUUGGAGUGCAUUUCUCGAGCAAAGUGUAAACAAGCUUAAUUAUUUCACCUCAGAAACUCCACAGGGCUCACACUGUUCGCACGAAGCGACCAGUUUGUAUUUUCUAUCUCUGUGUUGCAGUUUUUGUACUCUUCACUCGGAGCUGACCGGUCAACACGUGGCUCCUCCAGCUGCCGAGGCCACACAGUGACUCUGUCAUGUCAGAAUCUGCUCUGUCAUUUGGCAUGAGACGAGUAAGUGAAACAGCACAGCAGCAGAGUCUCAGUGAGUCCCGUGUGCUGAAACCUGAGACGUCCCCGCUCUCUCUCCAGUCUGCAGAUCCAUUCACCCAUUAAUUUGUUCCGUUCAGCCUGUUUUUUUUCCCUUUAAGGUAUCGUUUGUCUUGUGUUACAGCCUGAGAGAACGUUUGGAAAGGCUAGCAUCAGCUCUGGGAUGUUUUAUUGUUGUUUGCAGUUCUUGGAAAAAAGUUGGUUAUAGAAAAGUAAUUUGAGUUCUCUGUCAUUCAAAAAAUCUUUAACUUUCUUUGUUGCACGGUUACUGUCUCCGCACAAUCAACAUUGUGUGUAGCCAUAUUUAUAACAGAAUAGGUUAGAGAAUAACAAAUAACAACAAGGAAGUUGCAUUUUCUAUUUAUUGAGAGGUACCAGAUCAGAUUUCUAAUAGUUCUUUGAUGAUAAAUGAGACGUUUUCACUUCUGUUCUAUGGAAUAACACUGUAACUACAUUAUUUCCUGGCUGCUAUUACAACAACACCAACAACAACAAAAAAAGUAAAAAAAAAAGUGAAUUUCUGUGUCGUAUUAAUAUCGGCUAAUGGCUGCUAUACUGUUGAUUUCACUUUAAUUUACAGCUUAAACUGCCACAAAUUAACAGUAUGGUUAUAGAGAGCUGGAAACCAAAGUUAACUUGUAUUAAUCUUUGAUUUAAAAAAAAAAAAAAAAAAAAAAAAAAAAAAAAAAAAAAGAAAAUAAAAUAAAAGCAAAACAAAAUAAGAAAUAAAGAAAUAAAACACAAAAACAAAAGUAGAAUACAUGUGGCUUCCCCUUCCCCUGUGAGGGUUGGUGAUCACGCUCUGGCUCUCUCUGUGGAGGGUUUGUCUAGUGUUACUGUACUAUAUCACAUUAACUUUGUGCUCCAAUCAUAACUCAGUGCUUAACUGUAAAAUGUUCACCUGCCUGACCCACAACUUUCUCAGUUAUCACGUACAAAUGCACACACAUGCUCAUCGUCACAACACAGUGCGUGAUAUUCCAGUGAUGUGUAUGCGAGAGACGAACAGAGAGGGUGACUUCGGAGCAGUUUCACAGCAAUAUACUGUCAUUUUAUAUUCUCUGUGCAUAUAUGAAUGUAGGGCACGAUGGUUGCUGUACUGUUUUAUGUCUAUAAUCGCAAAAAAACCUGUAGCACUUAAAAAAAAAAAGAAAAGAAAGUGAAUUGUGUUUCUGUUGUUUACUGCUAUAUCCACAAUAAGCUAGUGGGAUCACAUUGUUCCUAAUAAUAAACCAGAUUUCUCAAGCA